AUGGGAAGAGCUAGCAGAACUACCUGCAGUGGAAGGUCCGAUACAGCAAGUAAGCCUGCAGGAGGUGUCAGCCGUCCUCAAGAAGAUGAAGAAGAACAAAUCCUGAACCAGAAGAUCCGAGAAGCAGUGGAUAUAAGAAACCUGCAGUUUGGCUUUAGACAGGGGAGAGGCAUGAUUGAUGUUGUAUUUUUACUGAGGCAUCUCCAAGAGAAACAUCUGGAAGGCGACAAGAAUCAAUACUAUGCCUUUGUUGACUUGGAAAAGGAUACCUACGAAAGUGUAACCACAACGGUCAGAACGCCACAGGGAACAUCGGAAGAAUUUGAAGUGAAAGUCGGCCUUCACCAAGGAUCAAACCUGAGUCCACUCCUGUUCAUCAUAGUUAUUGAUGUGUGUGUUUACCACAUGCCGACCCACACAGUAUUACAAGAGCCGGAAACAAAGGUUCUGUGGCUUUGUCCUUAG